GCCCUCCUGCAGUGAAGCGUUUGACGGUGGCACUAAAUUUUGAUACCGAAAGUGUCCACCGUUACGUUGGUCGUGGAAAUGGCCGCUACGGCAGAAGAGGAAACCUCCGCACUCAAUGUUGGGGGCGACGUACCUCCGGAAGAGGCAAACGAGGGCGACGGAGAGAAGAAAGAAAAUGCCCUCACGGAGACAGAAGCAGAACAACCUAGCGGCAACGCGGAGCCGAAAAUGGAAGAGAUGGACGUGGAGGCCAGCGAAGAGAAGCCCGCUACGGUAGCAGACAAGGCCGCGAAGGAGGCGGUAACGGAGGACGUUGCUCCAACGGACACCCCAGAGACCACCGCGUCUCCCGACGAGCCAGAGCGAAGUCCAGAGACCCAGCAAAGCCCGGGAGACAGCAACAGCGAGCAUACGGGUGACAACACAGUUAAAGAGGCUAAGGAGGAGCCGGGGGAGGAUAGUCGGUGCUCGGGAACGGACAGCGAAAAGAGCACAACUGUUGGUGAAGAUGGAGAGAAGCAGAACGGCGGAAGCGGGGAGCUGGAUGACAAGAGGCGGCCGAGCGUGGAGGUGUCGUCCUCGGACGGUGAACCGCUGAGCCGUUUGGACUCUGAAGACAGUAUCAGCAGCACCCUGAUGGAGAUGGAGAGCACGUCCAGUGGGCGCUCCACCCCUGCCAUGAUGAAUGGACAGGGCAGUGCCAGAUCUUCUGGGACCAAGACAAUGGCUUACUCUUGCUGCUGGGACCUCUGUCCAGAGUGCUUCAACUCCAGUCCAGAUCUGGCUGAGCACAUCAGGGGAAUUCACGUGGAUGGGCAAAGAGGAGGGGUCAGCAUUGUGUUUGUGUGUCUCUGGAAGGGCUGCAAAGUGUACAACACACCGUCAACAAGUCAGAGUUGGCUCCAGAGACACAUGUUGACCCACAGUGGAGACAAACCCUUCAAGUGUGUGGUCGGCGGCUGCAACGCCAGCUUUGCUUCCCAAGGAGGACUGGCUCGCCACGUUCCCAGUCACUUCAGCCAACAAGGCUCCUCUAAAAUGUCCAGCCAGGCCAAACUCAAAGAGGACUCACCGUCUAAGGCGGGAAUCAACAAGAGGAAGAAACUCAAGAACAAACGCAGGUGCUCCCUACCAAAGCCCCACGACUUCUUUGAUGUCCAGACCAUGGAUGCUAUCCGCCACAGAGCCAUCUGUCUUAACCUCGCCACCCACAUCGAAAGCGGUGGCAAUGGCCACAGUGUCGUCUUUCACAGUACGGUCCUAGCCAGAAGGAAAGAAGGGUCUGGCAAAGUGAAGUUACUCUUACACUGGACACCAGAAGACAUACUCCCCGACGUCUGGGUGAAUGAAAGCGAGCGCUCUCAGCUGAGGACCAAAGUGGUGCACUUAUCCCAGCUACCGCAGGACACAGCCAUGUUACUAGACCCAAACAUCUACCGAGCGCUUCCUCAAAAGCGGCUCAAGCGCAGCCUGUAAGACGUCACCUGUGGUGCGGACGCUUAACGGGACGGUCCCGGUUUGUGGGAGGUGUUUGGGCCCGCUUCAUCUGCCUCGGCCGAAGGGGGGGGGGGGCUGAAGUGACUCUGGUUAUGGUGCAGUUUCCCCUUUUUUAAAGCUCUUCAAUUUUAUAUGUGACUGUAAAAAGAAAAAGAAAAAGUUUGUUCAAAACUUUGAUUUUGUUUGAUGUUUUUUCAUUUUUUUUAACCAACCUAAUAUCCCAACGGCGUUGUAAGGAAAAAUGUUUCUGUAAACUUGUCGAGUAACUCAGCAUAACUGUUUUGUGGCAAAUAUUUAUCCAGAUUUAUAACUUAUUUUUCUACCAUGUAAAUGAUUGUGUAAUGUUUUUUUUUUUUCGUUGAUGUUUUUGAUAGAACCAUAAUUACUGUGAUGUUAAUCUGUAACUCAUAGGGAAGUUACUAGUUGUAAUAAUGAUGUGCAUGAGACAAAAGUCUUAAAUCUGUUAGCCUAUUUAUACUUCCAGAAUGCAGUACUGUUAUCUGUGUAUGAUAUUGAAGUGUGACGUUUGAAUUGUUUUAAGUGCUGUUUACACUGUUACAGGAGCAAUAAUCCAGCCGAAGUGUAGACGGUGCACCGUAAAAAUUAGUGACAUUUAAAUUUGUCACAAAAUCUCAUUUAUUCCAAACUCCUUUCACCCAGCUGACAUGGACUGUGUUUAUGUUGUAGUCACUAUGGUAAAUUGACCUUACCACUAUUUAAGCACUUAGAAACUAUUAUCAAAGUGGAGUUUUGUAUUCCAUGUUGUCCCAUUUGAUAAUGAAAUGGUGUUUUUUUGUAAUAAAAUGGGAGAAUUGACUAACCCC